GCCAUAGUGCAAGAUAAGCCUGUCUAUGUCAGAGCCACUGCUCCACUGCCGGCAGAGGAGAAUGCGGCACAGCUUUGGACCCUCGAUCGAGGAUACUUGGUCAAUAAACGAACAGCAUAUGGUAUUUAUAUGAUUUUAUUGGGAAUGGUGUCAUGAUAUACCAUGGAUGCCGUGUUGCUUACACUCCGUCCUUUGAAAGUGCUUGGUAUAAAGAAUGAUAGAUUGAAGGAUGGAGAGAGUGUCAUACAGGUGCAACGUAGACCUACUGCAAACGCCAUGAGCCAGCGAUGGGACAUCACAAACGGUACAAUCCAUUUACGCAAUAAGAAAGAACUGGUACUGACGUCUAAUGUUGAAAAUGACAGUGUCCAUGUGCAUAAUCCGGUAGAAGGAGGAGAUCCUAGUCAACGGUGGGAUAUGAUCCCGCGAGGGGAUGAAAUAAAGUAACCGUU